AUGAAUCUAUUCUCACUCAAGCAGGCGCCCAAGGAGAUGUUGAGGGCCUACAUUAAGCGAUUUAAUCAAAUCGCCAUGGAUGUCCCCUCGGCCACUCCAGAGAUUUUGGUGGAAGGGGCUGCUGCAGAGGGAGGAAGAACUCCCUGCAUCUGGGACACCUUUGCACACGAAGGGAGAAUAGAGGACAAAAGAACUGGAGACAUAGCAGCUGAUCAGUAUCACAAGUACAAGGAAGAUGUGAAGUUGAUACAUGACAUGGGCCUGGAUGCCUACAGAUUCUCUAUCUCCUGGAGCAGAGUCAUUCCUAAUGGUAGAGGGCCAGUUAAUCCAGAAGGGGUGCAGUAUUAUAAUAACUUGAUCAAUGAAUUCAAGAAAUAUGGAAUUGAACCUCAUGUCACUCUUCUUCACUUUGACCUCCCCCAAUCUUUGGAAGAUGAAUAUUCUGGACUCUUGAGCCCAAAGAUUGUAGAGGACUUCACUGCUUAUGCUGAUGUGUGCUUUAGAGAGUUUGGGGAUAGAGUGAAAUACUGGAUCACUGUCAAUGAGCCAAACAUUGAACCCAUCCUUGGCCAUGAUCUAGGAAUAUUUCCACCAAAUCACUGCUCUUCCUCCUUGGCCUCUUCCCUUGGCCUCAAUUGCAGCAAAGGGAAUUCAUCUGUUGAACCAUAUGUAGCUGGUCAUAACCUUUUGCUUUCCCAUGCAUCAGCAGUCUCCCUAUACAGAAAGAAAUAUCAGCCAAAUCAAGGGGGAUAUAUUGGAAUUACCUUACUAGGGAUCUGGUUUGAGCCAGCUACAAGAUUACCAGAUGAUAUAGCAGCAGUUAAUAGAGCACUCGAUUUUCUAAUAGGCUGGUGA